CAAAGUGACUGAAAUACGUACAGCAAAUGUAAGAAGAAGUCGAAAAAGAAAAUAUUUGUGCGAUAAUGGCCGCUUCAGGAGGAAAUAUCGAGUGGUCUACAACGGUUAAACCAAUAUUAACAGCUUUGUACGGCCCUUUUUUCGACAAAAAUGAUGCUGCAGAAAUAAUACAAUCCAUUCUCAAAAGUGAAAACGAGUUUCAAAACCACGCUGAAAGAUAUGAUCUCUUCUACACAUGCUUCGCGUGCCUAUCCGCGCAUUUUAUCACCGUCAAUGCUUCAAACUUGUCGCCCGACCAGCUAGGGCCAGCGCGUGACGCGUUUCGCGUGAUCCUCCGACAGAUCCUCAAGAAACUGUCCGAGGCCGGACUCAGCUAUGAAGACUCCACCACUACCGCUGCUACAAAUGUGUCUGUUAAGCAGCUCCUCCUACCCAUCGUGGGUCUAUGCGGCAUCGAAGAUGGCGGCUACCCCCAACUGGACCUGGUCAUCCUCACAUCUCUCCUCAAGAGCGCGAAGCUGCCUGCUCACGUCAUCAUACCUGACGCUGCCACGACGUCGUCAACAACACAACCUACCGCUGCCGAGAAGCAAGCCGUCUCCAACACUCAACGGCGUUCCGACGCUCUUCUAGAACAACUUACCGAGCCACUGAAGACCGCAAGCUCGGCGCUCGCGACGUACGCGGCUGUCAGUGAGGAAGAUAGUGAGAGCGCGCAGCCGCAGACUGAUAUCAAGAAAUGGGUGUCCACCACAGCGGCGUCCCUCCUAAUGGAGCUCAGAGCGGGGUCAGUGAUCCUCAAAGUAUGCUCGGCGUUACCCUGCCUUCAGCGGUAUCUUAGUCGGUGGGAAACAGCCAAGGAGACGGCGGUCUCUCCGCAGUUCAACUCUGACGCUUCACUGCAACAUUUCCUCGUGAACGAAGUGCUAGUGUGUCGGCUCGCACUAUCUCUACCUUUUGAACCGUUCACCGCCGAGCGUAUAUCGACGCUGAGUGACGUCAGCACAUCUUGGCUACUAUGUGCUACUGCCCAGGCAUCCCUACAUCCCAAAGAUGAGGAGAGCGAACAGCAAACAGCGAGUCUCGUCGAAAGCGCGCUCAGCUUAUACCACACCGUUGGAGAGACUUUCCGGGAGUCUACUAGAGCGGGUGGCUACGUAUACCAAAAUCAUCUCAUGAUCGGCGGUUGGGUUCUGCUCUGUGGGUUACAUCACGCGCUCGCCGGCGCGCCAAUGGUCACAACAACUCCUGGCAAGAGCCCGGCUAAAACACAGUCACGUCCAUACAAUCUCACCAAAAUGCAACAAGGCCUCGGCGCAGUCUGGGUGGCGCUAGGCGGCCGUUGUCUCGCGUGGCUCGGAGCCCUACUCUCCGACGCUCGUCUCGAAGCCCUUAGCGGUAGUACAACAGGCACCAGUGCCCCGGCGCCUCUGUCGAUACUAGGCCAGCAUACGGCCCAUGAGAGGGAGCUACGACUCGCCAGCGCCGCGCCCGUUCAUCAGCUGCUGGUCGCACUUGGUGUCGUUUGCUACCGCAAAGCUACCAACCUGAAGAGAACAGUGGUACAGAAACAGAAUGCCGACGCUGAUCCAGACCGGUCAGACUCUACGGUCUACUUCCAGGACAUGACCAUGUGCUCUGAAGACUCGGAGACUGAUGAUGACAGCGAGCUGCUAUUUGGCCUAUGGUUUGAAUCGACCCUAGCGGCCGCCAACGCCACAGAGAGUACAAGCAUCGCCCGCGCCGGUGGCGCCGAAGGUUCAGACGCCGCGGAGCAACCUUCUAGACCCCACCAGGCACUUGUGCCGGACAAGUCCGAACCUUAUUCUUACAUCCGACUGGCAACAGAAGUCUUCACGCUAUUGACAGCGGAAAUCAUAAGCCCAGGCUCGGAAAGGCUGGGACAAAACGCUCUGCAGUUACACGACGCGCAUCAAGCGCUGCUCGCCGCGCUGGCCAAGGAUUUGGACCGAGAGACGGCGCGCACUGACACAGGCACCAUCUCACCCUGCUUCGGUCCCCGAAUCUGCGCGCUCUACGCUUCUUUCAGCUCAGCGCUAGUGCGCUACUUGCACAACCUGAUCAGCGCGCCCGGCUUUGCGUCGCUACAACCAGCUCUACAGCAACAACUGACAGCCGUGGCCGAGCGAGGAAACAGCACGCCUCUGCAGGUCGGCCCUCGAGUAGUGAAGCUCCUCGGAGGCAUGGUGCUGGCCAAGCCGGCGGUGGAGCGAGAGAACAGCAUACUCGCGAUGUGGCACAAGAUCGUGAACACUCUACAGGAGUGCGCGUUGCAGCCGCAGCCUUCACAGGACCAUGAUUAUGAAGAUUUGAACGUGGAACACGCUCAACUACUAGUCUACCUGUUCCAUUCGUUAACGCUGAUGCAGAAAAAGUCUGUGCUACUUAUGACGUCAAACGCUAUUAUCAAAGUUGUAGAAACGCUGGCCAUAAGCGACAGGAAGCGAGCGAUGACAUUGGCGCCACACCAACUCAUUCUGACCACAAGGUUAAUGCUGCUGCUAGAGUACCUCAUGAGGCAUCUGUAUGAUGCUCCCCAAACGUUAUUACAACAGAUCGAAUGGAACCUCGUAAUAGCAACUGGCCUCGUCCAGUCACCCGCUGACGCCAGCAACGCCGCUAAAACUGCAGAGAAUGGUCAACUAAAGACGCGCAUAUACUGCGAAGUGCCGCGCAUUGAGGCGGCGUACCGAAAGCUAUCGCUGAGCGAAACGUCUAUGCGACCCAAGUUCUACGCGCUUACUAGCUCUGAAAUUAAUAAUCAGGAAAACCCGAAAUUCGACGGGCUAGCAUGCAACUUCGUGCUCGGGACCCCCCACAAGCUGAAAUACCCGCUGUUACUAGACGCUCUACUGGCCUUGCUGAAUUCCGCUUGCGUCUGCGAUAACCCCGCGUCGUUGUCAUCCCCGGCUGCGCUUGCGGCGGCACAUUACUGCUUCCAGACUGCGUGGAGGCUCGUCGUGAGCAUGCCACCAGCGACUCCACAUAUGGACAAGCUCCAAGCCGGCACGCAGGCAGAUCUGCCAUCGCCAUUGCCGCUUCACGCGAUCAUUUGGGCGCCGAGAGCGGAUAACAAGAAGGUUUUCAACCCCUGGCUGAAGGACGCACUGGUCAAACAGGGCAUGUACACACAGUAUGCGGAAAACUUGCUGGCUGGCGUAAGUACGUCAUGCGACAACAUGAAAUACCACCUCUGGCUCGCCGGAGAAACUAUCAAGCAUCUCAAAGAUAAUAUUACGCCGAACGGCCUGCCAGCUCUCCUGGAUGUGAUAUCGUGCGAUGCGGCAGUGGUCCGCCUAAAGCACAGCCUGGGCGAAGGAGCGUGCGCCGAGGUGCAAGAGUUCAUCCCUGACCUACUCAGCUUAUUGGAGACGGCUUUCGAGUGCUGCAGACUGAGCGCUGACCUCGAACUAGAAGGGCUAAUGGAGAGCUCCAACAACCCGUCAAAGGCGGCCGUCCGACGGGCCCGCAUGAUGGUCAGCGGGACCAACAUGCCGGCCAUCCUCGCGUCCAACACGCUGGGCUGCUGGCUCAGCAUGCAGCUUCCGACCACCGCGGCCGCCGCGCUCGAGCGGCUCUGCUCGCCGCCGCCGACUGCCGCGCUCAACAUGGAACAAUAUCAAUCACACAUCAUACCGCUAGAGAGCGCUGUAUUAGCCCUAGUGGCGUCCCACAUCGAACUCAUCAGCGCCAAACAGAAAUACAGCAUCGGCAUGUCUCUAAUGACGCUAGCGUACUCCGCCGCGAAGCUUCUAGAAAUCGCCGCGCCUAAGAUAGCUGAGAACCCCACUUUGAUGAAGAGGACGCUCGAACUUGUUGUACCCGCUUUGACGGACGGUCGCCUACAAUUCAUGUCUCCCGAGCCACUGGGCGCUACGCUGAACAUCUUAGUGCCGAAUGAAUGCAAGGCCGUGCAACUUAUACACGAGCAUAUACUGAAGACAACAUACCCUGUGCUAGUUGAUCACCUGCAGCGAUCUACUGAGAAAACGCUGCGACAUAUGGUAAACUACUGGGAGAAAGCCCUGACAAAGGCCGAAGGCCGGCUGGCGUACGAAACGGUAUUUGCCGACGAUUCCGAAUACGUCCUGGCUAAGAUUCUGCUCUCAGUUCCCAACGCGAGGGUCGCAUACGCAGAAAAAGUUAUUGACUUGUUCAUAAAUAUCUUCGCUGAGUGCGAGCACAACGGGCUGAGCAGCUCGCUCUGCAUAUCUAUAUGCAAGUACAUCGGCGUCGCGGACCAACAGAAGUUGGCCAGUUUGCUGUCCCACAUCUGCACAAUUACAGACGCCAAGCGCUCAGCGAAUGCAUCCCCGACCGAAACCGAACUACCCACACCGACAUCCACGGCGCCCGAAGGAGCCGCCAACGGGUCUCUAGCGCUCCGCAACGCUCUCCGUAGCGUGUUCAGGACAGAGGCCGAAGCCCCCGCGAGGACUGGCACGCAGGACGCACCGGCCGGAUCGUCCCAAGCGACGAGAUCUGCGGAAGCAGAAGAGAGCUGGGUAGACAGCGAAACGGACAAGACAGUGCUCGUGGAACAAGCCGCGGCCCUCGACAAGACGGUGCUGCUGACCGACGUCGCUAGCGACAACGCGGCACUUCUCACCGCUAUAUGCAAGCACAUAGUCCUACAUUGCGACGAGCAAGUAAGCGAGCGGACGCUCGCCGCUCUCAUCACAGUAUGCGGCGAGAACGCAUGCGCGCCGCUCCUCAUGCGGGAAAUGUGCCGGCUGGCCGACGCGCACUCUGGCGGAGAUCAUAAACAACUCUUCCCCGCCGCGCAGGGCUGGUUAACCACGUGCGUCAACAAACUCAGCGCACCUGAAGUUCUAGAAAAACUAGAAGAAGGACAAGUUGAUGACACCCUGGCUCCGCAGAUCGAGUCUGCUUGCGUGCUGCUUUCAUACAUAGCUGACGCGUUACACGCCAUCAACAACGCACAGCCGCCAAAUUGGCGGUCAGUAAGUCCGACAGUGGAGGCGCCGUACGAUCUCGGCUUCGAACUGGAUUACGCGGACGAACAGCAGGACGACGAUGACACCAGCGCCGAUGAUUCGGAUGAAGACGCCAUGCUCCAAUACAAACUCUGCACCUUCACGGUCACCCAACGCGAGUUCAUGAACCAACACUGGUACCAUUGUCACACAUGCAAAAUGGUGGACGGUGUCGGCGUAUGCACGGUCUGCGCCCGUGUGUGUCAUCGAACACACGACGUGUCUUAUGCUAAGUUUGGCAAUUUCUUCUGCGACUGCGGAGCCAAGCCUGACUCUAGCUGCCAAGCCCUCGUGAAGCGCUCGGUGACGCUCGGGGGCGCGCGCUCGGGCGGCGAGGAGGCCCCGCCCGCGCCCUCGUACCGCCGCCGCCCCUCCAGCCCCACACCGCCCGCGCUGCUGGCGCCGCCGCGCCGCCCCGUGCUCGCUGCUAACAUACAAGGAUGCCGACAAUACCUGGCUUCGUACGCAGGCUGGGGCGCGUGCAUGGACAAGGUCCGUAAGCUCCUCGACGUGUUGUCCGGCCCCGUGCGGGCCGCGUGCGAGCGCGGAGCGGCCGUCGGCGCUCAUGGACGCGCUCAGCGCGCUCUAGCACAACUCCAUCUUGGCGAGAAGAGAUUCGUGCAUACUGACAAUCUUAUGGUGGCGACACUGGGUUCCCAAGAGGGCGCGUUUGAAAACGUCCGCAUGUCCUACACAGGCGAGAACGGGCAGACCAUCCGUCAGCUCAUGUCGAACCACAAGUUGCGCCGCGUCGCCAUGUGCUGCCUGGCAUCGCCUCAGGGCCGCCGGCAGCAUCUCGCCGUGUCACACGAGAAAGGAAAAAUCACCGUACUCCAGCUAUCCGCCCUGCUCAAACAGGCGGACUCGUCCAAACACAAACUGACGCUUACUCGGCUGUCAUCGGCGCCCAUACCUUUCACCGUUAUAACUCUGAGCGGUAACCCGUGGAACGAGGACUUGCUCGCCGUGUGCGGUAUUAAGGAGUGCCACGUACUGACGUUCAACAGUGGAGGCACAGUGGCAGACCACCUAGUCAUCAACCCGGGUCUAGAAGCCAACAACUACAUAAUCAAGGCGCUCUGGCUGCCCGGCUCGCAAACCCAGUUGGCUCUAGUGACGUCAGACUUCGUCAAGAUAUUCGACCUCAGCAAGGACCUUAGUAACCCUGUGCAUCACUUCCUAGUGCCCAGCGGAAAGGUCCGAGACGUAACAUUCGUGAAUCAAGAAGGCGUGAUGCACAUGAUAUGCAUGAGCUCAGCUGGGCACAUGUACUGGCAACCCACCAGUGAAGAGUCGCGCGCUUCUCUCGGCACCUUCUACAUUACUAACACGCUGGAGGUUCUGCAUCCAGAGAUACAGGAUGUCGCUGGUAUGGUCUGCGGCGGCGGCGUAUCCGUGUACUACUCGCACACGCUCAAAAUGCUGUUCUUCUCGUACGCUCACGGCAGGAGCUACCUAGCUCCCCUGAGCACAGUAGAAGACAGCGUCAAAGGCACCGCAUUGAUCCCGCAAUCCCUAGCCACACCACCUAAAGAGGGCGGACGCGGAGGCGGCAAGCAGGGCGGUGUCCAAGCCCUGUGCCAAUGGGCCGAGGUUCCCGGGCACCCAGGCCUGGUCACAGCUGUCCUGCAGGCGUCUAACAACCCUGUGGUGCUCAUGCUCACGCCUAACAACAUCUUCGUGCAGGAGAUUAAGGUCAUCCCAGCCAAAGCGAAGAUCACCGACAUGGUAGCCGUCCGUCAUUGGUGCGGCGGCGGCGGCGAGCAAAAGAGCACUCUUAUCCUGCUCUGCGAAGACGGAAGCCUCCGGAUGUAUGCUGCAAGUCCCGAGCAUACCGGCUUCUGGUUGUCGCCUACCAUACAGCCGACACACGCUCCAAGGCGGAGGCCUAGAGCGCUUACGCAUUCCAAGGGGAAGGCUCAGCAGGCGGCCUCAUCAAAGUCCAACUCCAACGGCUCCCCGCAGUUCCCGAUCGAUUUCUUCGAGCACUGCGUCGCCAUGGCCGACGUCGAGUUCGGGGGCAAGGACCUCCUGCAGGUCUACAACACUGCGCAGAUCAAACACAGGCUUAAUACUACCGGACUGUACGUAGUGUCCACUAAGAUGACUGGAUUCUCCAUCGAAAUUAUAAACUCUGACCCGAACAUGGUCAUUUGCGGUAUAAGAGUUUUGCUCGGCAGCCAAGACGUCGCCAGGACACCCACCUAUAUUGAGGUCCUCGGCCGCACAAUCCCAACCGUUGUCCUUCGCAACCGCUGGUUCGACAUGCCACUCACCCGCGAAGAGUCUCUUCAAUCCGACAAGAAGGUCAUCAUCAACUUCGGGCCCUCGCAAGACCCCGACGGGAUCUCUAUGGUGGAUUCUGUUAAGGUCUACGGGAAGAAUAAGGAACAGUUCGGCUGGCCGGAAGAGAAUGAAGACCCGUCUUCGUGUCCGUCGUCCAGCAAGACUACACAGGAAGCGGAAGGCACCGCCGGCGCAUGGAAGCCCAGCUCCCUCGAGCGUCUAGCCUGCGCCGCUCUCGAAGCAUUGGAACUCGGCGCCGGCGCGCCAGUAUCAUCUCUCGCCGCCGCCGGCGCCGAGGGCGGUGCAGAAGCGGCGAGGAAGCUGCUAUGUGCGCCGGCCAGCGCGCAUCUGCACGCGAGGGCACAGUGUCUGCUGCGGGCCGUGCAUCACCAGCAUUACCAUCAGUACAAGGACCAAGCUAUCCUGAACUAUGUCUGCUCGUCACUACGAGAUCUACGAGCGACCUGCGACCCUCGCAACAUCGACCCCGAAGCGUUCUUCCGUCUCGUUCUUCUAGCGAGAGGGGUGGCCGUCGCUCGUCCCGCGCACCUCGUCAAAUACAGCGCGCCUACACCUCAACGGCCAGCCGACGGCGACUGGCCAGCCCUCUGGAAAGACUCUGACGAGAGCAAGGACCCCCAUGUCAUAGCUCUGCUCGCCAGCGUGCUGUGGCGUCUAGCAGCUUGUCGCAGUGCUGCGGGCGGGCCGCCCGGCGUGCUGAGCUACGGGCUUCGCCAUGUGGAACACACGUUGCACGCCCUAGCGGAUAUAGUGCACGCUUUCCAGCUGCACGCGGAACCUUGCUGCGUUGACUUCGGCAAUCAAAUAUAUCUGUCUCUCCUGCUAGCCGAAGACCAGAGCAUCAGCUUUGGUGCCAAGGCGGCUAUCAUGAGGGUUCUCCGACCAAGAGUUAAGAGGCGACGGGUGUACAUACCUUCACCGCCUAACACGCCAGGUGUUGGUCCAUCAACCUCAACAGUGGCGAACGUUGCUCACGCGUCGGCUACCGUUGUCGAGGCUAUUGUGAACGCCGUAGAGAUGUCCCAAGCUGAACACGAGCAGAAUCAAUAUAUGGAUGUAGAUGACUCCUUAGAGCCUAUGGUGUUGCUUGCGCCUGAUGGAGGUCUAGACGCUCUGCUCGACAUCCCGCCAGACGCCGACGACGAGACGAUGGUGGAGCUGGCCAUAGCUCUCUCACUGCAGGAGCAGCCGCGGCGCGCACCCCCUGCGCCUUCCGCCCCUCCACCGCCCGCGCCUGGCUUCAGUGACGCCACGGCCUCCCCUCCGGGGUCUGACGACGAAGGCAGCACCGCAGCCACCGACGGCAGCACGCUCCGCACAUCGCCCGCAGAACCGCCCGGCUCCGCGGGAUCCGAAAGCGGCGGCUCCGGCGCCGACAGCAUUGGCGGCGUGUCCGGCCGCAGCAGUGCCUACGGGGACGUAGCGUCCACGCCUUCAGCGGGCGCAGUCACCUCGACAAACGUCAUCGUGGCCACUUCUAUAACAGCUGGUGCCUCGACCUCCAUGUCCCAACCCGGCGCGUCCACAUCGCGCACAGCUGAACUGGAAACAGAGACGCGAAAAUUGCACGCGCUGCGGUUGUCCCUACUCUCCGCCGCUUUGGACGCGCUGCCGACGCUGCGAACGCUACCCGGCGUGCGGGCCAUACCGUUCGUGCAGGUGGUCCUAAUGCUGGCCGGCGACCUAGAUUCCACUGUCGAAGCGGACCGCGCAGUCCUAGAACGCCUCCUAGACCUGCUAGUGUCGGAACUGGACAUGGGCGCGGACGAGGACGCGCCCGCCACGACGCCGCCCGUCCACGAGCGGACCAACCGCCGCGAGCUGCAGCUGGUCGUCAUGCGGCUACUCAGUGUCCUCAUGGCUCGUUGGAAAUCCACGUCCUCGGGCAGCACGACAGCGCGCGAGGGUUCCGGCGCCGCAUGCGCCGCGCACGUGUCCCGCCUCGCCGCCGCUGCGCUCAUCCGCGCCGGCGCACCGCUACACUGCUACCGGGUACUGGCCGCUCUGCUGCCCUACUGGAAGGACAAGACUGCCAAUGCUGGUUCAACGACGCCUACAGCGCAACUGUUGAAGCCGCAAGCACCGCACCCGCUGCCCGACAUGCAGCCAUUCUUCGUCAAGGAAUAUGUUAAAAGUCACGCGCUAGACGUGUUCGACAACUACCCGCAACUGCUGAUGGAGAUGGCGCUCCGCCUGCCGUGCCAGAUCCACAAGCACUGCGAACCAGUGCACUUCGACUCGCGUUGGCGCACUCUGCUCUGCGAGUACAUGAUGAACCAGCAGACUCCGCUCAGGAAACAAGUCCGCAAACUCCUCUUGCUACUAUGCGGUACCCGAGACCGUUACCGCCAUACACGCGACGUGCACGCGCUUGACACGCAUCUGAACGCUGCUAAAGCGCUGCUACAGACCGACCCGGCCUACGACCGGCUUGUACAACUCAUGGACCACCUGAAGGCUUGCGCAGAGAUUGUCAGCGCUCGCACCGGCAACUGGCAGCACACCUGCGCCACGGAGCGUAGGGAAGCGCUCGCGUGGCUCGUGCGCUGCGCGCGUCGCGUCCACCCCCAUGUCGCGCCCACCGUGCUGCAGCUGCUGCAAGCCGCGCUCACCGACACCAAGGAAAAGGCCCCAUCAGCAUCAGCUUCGACCUCCGAAUGGCAAGAGCGCGAGCGCAGCGCCGACAGCGACGCGUUCGUCUCCGACGGCUCCAAGUUCCAGGAACAUCGCGUGCCGGUGCUUGUACAACAAAUAUUGAAACAGGUGUCUCAAGAAGAACUGAAGAUGUUCGUGAAGGCCUUCCUACUGGAAACCAACUCUACAGCCGUUCGUUGGCAAGCUCACGCCCUGCUUCUAGCCAUCUACAACAACUCGCCGCCAGCCGAGCAAGCGUCCCUAGUGUCCCUGCUCUGGGGCAUUUGGCCCACGCUGCCCCAAUACGGACGCAAGGCAGCCCAGUUCGUUGAUCUCCUGGGCUACUUCACGCUCAAGACUACGGACAUUGACACUGAGAAAUACGUCGGCAGCGCUGUAGACCUGCUUCGCAGCCAAAACCAACUGCUAUCCAUGCACGGCAAUGCGUCCCUUUAUGCCGCUCUUGGAGCGUACGUGGAGCUAGAUGGUUACUACUUGGAGUCUGAGCCGUGCCUCGUCUGUAAUAACCCUGAGGUGCCCAUGGCUACCAUCAAACUGCCCACCAUUAAGAUCGACUCGAAAUUCACAACGACCACCCAAAUAGUGAAACUCGUGAACAGCCACAUGAUCAGCCGCAUCAGUCUGCGGAUCGGCGACAUCAAACGCAGCAAGAUGGUGCGCAGCAUCAACUUUUACUACAACAACCGCACUGUGCAAGCGGUGCAGGAACUCAAGAACAAACCUGGCAUGUGGCACAAGGCGAAGCGUGUCCAACUCCAAUCCGGCCAAUCAGAGGUCCGCGUGGAUUUCCCACUGCCGAUCGUCGCAUGCAACCUUAUGAUGGAGUACGCUGACUUCUAUGAGAACCAGCAGGCCACAGGUGAAUCGCUGCAGUGCCCGCGCUGCUCGCAAUCCGUGCCCGCCAACCCAGGUGUUUGCGCCAAUUGCGGCGAGAAUGUAUUCCAGUGCCACAAGUGUCGCGCUAUAAACUACGACGAGAAAGACCCGUUCCUCUGCCACGCGUGCGGCUUCUGCAAAUACGCCAAGUUCGACUACACGCUCACCGCUCGUCCCUGCUGUGCCGUCGACAAUAUCGAGAACGACGAGGAACGCAAGAAGAUGGUUCAGACCAUUGGCGCGCUGUUGGACAAAGCUGACCGCGUGUACCGACAGCUGGUCGCUAACAAACCUGUGUUGGAGUCCCUCGUCCACAAGAUAAGCGAGCACCGCCUCGAAGGUCGCCCUGGAGACGAGAACAGCAACGCGUCCACCACCUCGUUCGGCGGCGCGCAGAUCAACCGCGUGAUACAAACGCUCGCGCACAAGUAUUGCGUCGACAGCAAGGGCCACUUCGAGGACCUGUCCAAGAUCAUACAGAAGGUGCUAGCCUGCAGGAAAGAACUAGUCGCCUACGAUAGAUCUCAAAGUGAGCAACUGAAAGGAGAUACACUGCCGGUGUACGCUGGGCUGGUGCAGAACUACGACGGAGAACUUACCAAAGAAUCUGGCGGCGGCUGCUACGGUUGCUCGCUAGCCUGCGCCGAGCACUGCCUGACAUUGCUGCGCGCGCUUGCCUCGCAGCCCGAGCACCGAACGCGCCUAUGCCGCUUCGGGCUGGUUCAGGAGCUGGUGCAACACAACUUACAUCGUGGAACCCCUCAGUGUCAAGAAGAAGUUCGCGCGCUUAUCUGCCUAGUAACCCGGGACAACUUACCGGCGACAGAGUCGCUCUGCAGCCUACUGUCGCAGCGAAUCACACUUUCGCUGAUGGGACACGCCGCCUCGCAAGAUCUCAACAACUCUGUUCGUCCGCUAGUGCUACUCCUAGGCUCGCUAGUGAAGGUGCAAGACGGUGUGGAAUGCUGGGAGGUGCGUCUCCGCUGCGUGGUCCGGCUGUGGGUGUGGUGUUGCCCGCAGCUCACCGAGGUGGCCGGGCUGCCGCCCGCAGCUAGCGUGAUCCUGAAGCCGGAGGCUCUAGCCGGCAUACCGGGCAUCAACACUUCGUCUCCCAACUCGCACCAGUUCGCCCUGCAGCAGGUCGCGCUGCCGUGCCUGCGUUACAUGCAGCAGCUCAUGGCGCCGGUGCCGCCAGUCGUGUCCGCUAACAGCCACGCUGAUCCCAAGGAGGUCAAGGCGGAAACCGCCAGCACAGUAUCCGCGUCAGCCGCAACCGGCGCCCUGACCGCGUCGACCGGAAGCGUGGUCGUGGACUUGGCCGGGUGGCUGGCUGGUGACGUGUCGCACAAGGACUGGCAACGACUAGUGGCUCCACCUGCGGAGAGCGUGCAGCGGCCGCCCCGCGAAGCUUACAUCGCGCACAAAUACGUGGCGAGGUGGAGGGAGAAGAUGCUGCUCUCGCACGGCAUGCGUCAGCUGUCCCUCGAGGACGGCAGCUGGCUGCGGCCCGUCAUGUUCGAGCAGAGCUCGCGCAUCGCGCGCGACACGGCCUGCCAGAUGGUCAAGUCGCUGUGCGACUCCUACGAGCGCAGCAAGGCCGUACUGAUCUUGCUGACAAGUUUCCUGCCCGAAGUUGGUGCCGCUGGCGAGGCCAGUGAGCAAUUCCUACAGCUAUACCAAAGUCUUGCAUCAGAAGCGCCGUGGAAACAGUUCCUGGCGCUGCGAGGAGUACUGCAGCAGAUCGCGGAUCUCAUGACCAAGGAGAUUGACCAGCUACACCGCUUGGAAGAGACCACACUCACAUCCGACUUAGCUCAAGGUUACGCGCUUAAGCGGCUCACGGAACUCCUAGCGAUGUUCCUCGAAGAGCCAGGCGCGCGGCGCACGUACAAAGGCCGUUUAGUGGGCGCCGUGCUCGGCGGGUACCUCUCGCUGCGGCGGCUCGUCGUGCAGCGCACCCGGCUCACCGACGACACGCAGGAGAAGCUCCUCGAGCUGCUGGAGGAGAUGACCACGGGCACCGAAACAGAGACCGCAGAAUUCAUGGCGGUCUGCAUAGAGACCGUACAGAAGUACCCACUGCACGACUACCGCACGCCCGUCUUCAUCUUCGAGCGGCUCUGCUCUAUCAUCUACCCUGAAGAGAAUGACGUCGGGGAGUUCUUCCUAACGUUAGAGAAAGAUCCGCAGCAGGAGGACUUCUUACAGGGUCGGAUGUUGGGCAACCCGUACUCCUGCCUCGAGCCAGGCAUGGGCCCGCUCAUGCGAGACGUGAAGAACAAGAUCUGCACCGACUGCGAGCUGGUUGCGCUGCUGGAAGACGACAACGGCAUGGAACUGCUCGUCUGCAACAAGAUCAUGUCGCUUGAUCUGCCUGUCAAGGAAGUUUAUAAGAAGGUGUGGUGUACAUCGGGCGAGGGAGUCGACGCGAUGCGCGUGGUGUACAGAAUGCGAGGCCUUCUAGGCGACGCCACGGAGGAAUUCGUCGAGACGCUCUCGCAGACCAACGCGGAGACUGUUGACGAUGAACAGGUCUACAGGAUGGCAAACGUGCUCGCUGACUGCGGUGGCCUCGAAGUGAUGCUGCAACGCCUCGCGGCCAUCCAGCGAGUCGGUGCCGCGCGUUCCCUCUGCUCAACCCUCCUCCGACUGCUAGGAUUAUGUGCGCGCGUGCGACGCUGCGUGCGCGUGCUUACCCGUGCCAGCACGAGGGCUUUGCCCGUGCUACUGCACGCGUUACAGUUAGCUGCUGAUGAGGAGAAAGAUUUACCGCGGGCGUUGCUUGUCUACCAGCUGUUAGAGAUUAUGGAACGUAUUCUGUCUGUGGCGGCGAGCGAGAGCUUGGAGUCGUUCCUUCAGUUCUCGCUUACCUUCGGCGGGCCGGAGUACGUCCAGGCGCUGCUCAACUGUACGGAUAAUCCAGGAAUCCGAAGUAAUUCGGUAGCCCUCGGUCACCUGACGCGCGUACUAGCCGCGCUCGUCUACGGCAACGAUCUCAAGAUGGCCAUGCUCGUCGAACACUUCAAACCGGUCUUCGUCUUCGACAAACUCGACACUGAACAACUGACUGAGGAAGAGUUCCGUAUGGAACUGUUCUGCGUGCUAUGUGCGAAUAUUGAAAGGAAUUCCAUCGGUGGGACGCUGAAAGACUAUCUGAUAUCGCUGGGAGUGGUUAGGGACGCGCUAGAAUAUAUCGUGAAAAACGCUCCAUGUGUGAAGCCUACCCUGGUUUGCAACGACUCUGACGAGCUAAAGGAGUUCAUCAGUCGACCUGCGCUUCGAUACAUCCUGCGGUUCCUAACCGGACUUGCGGCCGACCACGAACCUACUCAGAUGCUAGUAUGCGAGAAAGUGAUACCGAUAGUGCACCGGCUGGAGCAGGUGUCGUCCGGCGAGCACGUGGGCUCUCUCGCGGAGAACCUGCUGGAGGCGCUCAAGUCGCAGCCGCAGUGCGCCGCCAAGGUGCAGGAGGCGCGCGAGUUCACCCGCCAGGAGAAGAAGCGCCUUGCAAUGGCAGUCCGCGAACGACAACUAGGCGCGCUCGGCAUGCGCAGUAACGAACGCGGUCAAGUCACCGCGCAGUGCUCGCUGACGCAGCAAGUAGCCGAUUUGGCCGAGGAGGCGGGUGCCGUGUGCUGCAUCUGUAGAGAGGGCUACAAGUACCAGCCCACCAAGGUAUUGGGCAUCUACACAUUCACCAAGCGCUGUCCGGUGGAAGAGUUCGAGGUCCGCGCACGCAAGACACUGGGCUACACAACCGUGUCGCACUACAACAUCGUGCACGUGGAGUGUCACAUGGCGGCCGUGCGCCUCGCCCGCGCCAGAGACGAGUGGGAGAGCGCCGCGCUGCAGAACGCGUCCACCCGCUGCAACGGGCUGCUGCCGCUGUGGGGCCCGCACGUGCCCGAGUCCGCCUUCGCCAGCUGCCUCGCGAGGCACACCACCUAUCUCCAGGAAUGUACCGGCCACCGCGACAUCAGCCACACCUGCACCAUCCACGACCUGAAGCUGCUGUUGUGGCGGUUCGCGCGCGGCCGCACCUUCCACGACGACACUGGCGGAGGCGGCCCGCUCUCCAACAUGCAGCUAGUGCGCCUGCUCCACAUGGCUCUCUACGUGGUCAACACGUCGCGACUAGUAGCCCGCGAAGUAGCCGCCCUAGAGACGUCACUUGCGUGGGCGGCAGCGCGCCUGCUGUCCUCUGCGCACGACGCCGACGGCCCGCUGUACUACGCCACGCAAAUGCUGCUCGUGUACCCGCUCGUCAAAUGGAAAGCCCACAAGAUCGACACAUUAAAACGCCUGCUAGUGAUCGGCCACGUGCGCGCCGUAGCGCCAGGCGGGCCAGCGCUGCGAGCCAUCGCGUUCAAGCACCGCGCGCCGCGCCCCUGGGCCGACUACAAGCCGUACGCGCUGUUCAUGGCCCUCAUCGACCAGCUCUACACCACCAUGUUCAAGUCCGUGAACGCGACAACCAUCGACCAGUGGUCCGUCAAGCUAGCCGAAUACAUCCGGAACAACGACGAAGCGAACGCGAAAGCGGCCGAACGCAUCGUCACCACGUUCACCGACGAGCUCCUCCCGUGCGCGUCCUUCGCCGAGUUCUGCGACGCGGCCGGCCUGCUCGCCGAUAUCCCGGACCCCGAUGCCUGGCUGCAGGCCCUCAUCAACGAGCAACCCUGAUUCAGGGCGCUCCAGGCCGUUCUAGACAGGGCGGGGACGUCCCAUUGAACGCCUGUGAUUUAAACGACGAGUGGAAAUGCAACAUUGAUAAAUUGUCGUUGAAAAUGCUUGCUAGUUGCAGAGUUGAGACGCUGACGCUCGAAAGACGUCGUUUCUGUUUAAACAAGGUUCAAUAAUUUUUCAAUAGUUGUCCAAUGAACCCUUCAUGUGUACGGCUGUAACGGUCAAUUUAAUAUACUGACGAAUAUUUUAUCCAAUACGACAAUUGAAGGGAUAGACUAGAUGAAGUAUUUCUCUAUUGAUAGUCUGUGCGGAAGGAGAAGCGUUAAGGGUCUUUACGCACGGACUAUCUUGUAAGUGUUAUCCGCACCAAUCUUCUACAAAAUGUGUAACUAAUUUGAAGCAAAUUAGAAGUUUCAAAAUGAAAUAUUUUGCAAUGUAUUUUAUGGGAAUUACCCAAGCCGAGCCACCGGCCUGUGUAAUGUUGUGCACGUCUCUCAAUAUGCAUUACAAUGUUAAUCUUACCGCUUGAAAUUAAAUUAAUGUAUAAUGUAAUUGGGGCUUUAGGCCUAAUUUUGCUCUAAUAAAGGUUUUGCUUUUA